AUGGAAGGACUGAUGCAGGAGGAGCAGCUCUACCAGUGCUCCCAGGGUGGGAAAAGAUUUAGCAUGCACACCAAUCUGGUGAGACACAAGAGAACUCAUACUGGGGAGAAACGCUUUGAAUGUCCCUGUCUGGAUUGUGGGAAAAGAUUCAGUCAGAAUUCUAAUCUGGUGGUACACCAGAGAACUCACACAGGAGAGAAACCGUAUGAGUGUCUGCAUUGUGGAAAAAGAUUCCGUGAGAAUUCUAGCCUGGUGGUACAUGAGAGAACUCACACAGGAAUAAAACCAUUCAAGUGUCUGGAUUGUGGGAAAAGUUUCAAUCGUAAUUCCCGCCUGGUGAUACACCGGAGGAUUCACACGGGAGAGAAGCCGUAUGAGUGCCCAGAGUGUGGAAAAGGUUUCACUUGUUAUUCCUCCCUGUUUAGUCAUCAGAGGACUCAUACAGGAGACAAACCAUAUGAGUGCCCAGAUUGUGGAAAGGAUUUCUCCUGGAAAGGUGACAUGGUGAAACAUCGGUCUACUCACAUAGAAGAGAAAUCAUAUAAAUGUCGUGAUUGUGGGAAAUGUUUCGGUCAGAAUUUCUACCUGGUGAAACACCAGAGGAUUCACAUGGAAGAGAAAACACAUAAGUGUGUAGAUUGUGGGAAAAAUUUCAGAUGGAAUUAUCAGCUG